AUGGAGGAGAUUGUUGAGAAGUGCGCUUCUUUGAUUCUUGCAGGCAGCCCUGGGGCGCUGCUCUCCGCCGCAGAGUUGCUUGAAGACACGCGGAAUGAUUCCUGCGGGAGUGAAUCUGCGAAGCUUGGGUUCUCCAGGGUGCUUCAGGAGAUCUUGGCAUACAAGCGCGGCGCAGUAUCAGACCAUCUUCUGCAGCAAAUAGUCAAAUUUUCCGCAGACUCCAACAUUGAUAGUGAGCUUCAACGCCUGUACGCAUGCAAGGUUCUUGUGGCGCUCACCGAAAGCGAGGCGGUAGCAAAGUACUGCGCAGGAGAGAAGCAGAAAGCCCGCUUGUUGGUCAAGGCAUUUAUGGAGGCUCAAGCGUACCUCCUGGAACGGAUGCCGGAUCAGCUGCGUGGAAAGAAGUGCAUUCCGGAAAAGUAUUUGGGUCGCCAAAAGGAUGGCGACCAGAAGCACGUCUUUUUGAAUCUAGCACUUGAGAACGUCAAGGGUUUCGCGAGCUUCUCCUUUGCUUCGAAGACCUUCCGCCUGGCCCUGCAAAAAGCGGGAUUCAAAGGUUUCUUUCCUAGCCUAGAAAGCCUCCUCUCACGCGAGAUAUUUAAACAAGCAAGCUUGCAGCUUGUCGAGAAAGCUUUGAAGCACUACUCAGGUCUGAUGCGCAGCUUCUGCCUCUUUGAGAAAAGUCAAAACUGGGCUUUCAACCAUGGAAUGAUACGAGUCCAGGCCUCACUUGCUAGGCUUGUCUCCUUAGACGGAGCUACUGAACGGUUGAUUGAUCCUUGGAUGCUGGAGGCAAUAGAGGGCAUCCCAGGCGGUGCAGGUGUGUCCAGAACUGUAUUGUUCCGAAUGCUUCUUGCCGCCUCAGAGCAGGGGCUUUUGGACCUCGACAGACGGAUCAGAGACAAGAGGAAUGUGCGCGCGACGAAGACUGUGCGCGAGCAGUGGCUGGAGUUGGGGAAAAUGAGGGUGCCAAGAGGUACAAUGCCCCUGAUCGGGUUGGUUCUUGGGGAACUCGCAAGCGUGCCCCCCUUUGCCCAGGCUCUCUUCAAAAGUGCUUUGGGGAUUGCGAAGAAUAGAGCAGAUCUGGAAGGCGGUAGAACGAGCGAGGCGCCGAUUGUGUGCUCUUGGGAAAGGUGCGACGAGGCCGGGUCGGAGGACGACGCGGGCAGGAAGUUCAGCAAGUGCGCGAAGUGCUCGCUCGCAUUUUACUGCAGCAAGGAACACCAGAGGCUCCACUGGGCGAGCCACAAGAGGCAGUGCGGUGACAAGUCUCAGCAAGCAGAUCUUCACCACAUUACCAAGGUAGACGAAGAAAUUGGGAACGAGCCUGAGUAG